CGAGCUUCCCGAUCUUUUUUUCUCAACACUGACAAGAUGGCAUUGGGGAUGCUAGGUACCACCAGGCUCGCUCUUAGAAGCCAAGGAAGCCGUCUCAGACUUCUCUGUGUUCGCGGUUUGGCAACGGUCAACAAUUCCACAACAUACUCUCCAGAUAUCGAGUCUCGAACCCCGCCUUACCCCAAACUCCUCAAACGACUCCAUGAAGUUCGACGGGUGCUAGGUUCUUCAAGGCAGCUCACAUUGGCCGAAAAGAUCCUAUAUUCACAUCUCGACAAUCCUGAAGAAGCACUUCUCACCAAUACCGAAAAUGGCGCCAAUAUCAGAGGAAAUGCGAAUCUCAAGCUCAAGCCCGAUCGAGUGGCAAUGCAGGAUGCGUCAGCGCAGAUGGCUUUAUUACAAUUCAUGACCUGCAACCUUCCCUCGACUGCGGUUCCUGCUAGCAUACACUGUGACCAUAUGAUUGUGGGGGAGAGGGGUGCAGAUGUGGAUCUUCCAGAAUCAAUCAAGGGCAACAAGGAGGUCUUCGACUUCUUGGAAUCUGCAGCAAAGAAGUAUGGCAUUGAGUUCUGGCCGCCCGGAGCUGGCAUCAUUCAUCAGACCGUCUUGGAAAACUAUGCUGCUCCGGGAUUGAUGAUGUUGGGUACAGAUAGUCACACUCCGAAUGCUGGCGGAUUGGGAGCCAUUGCAAUUGGUGUUGGUGGUGCUGAUGCUGUAGACGCCCUCGUUGAUGCGCCUUGGGAAUUGAAGGCCCCAAAGAUCUUGGGUGUUCGACUGGAGGGACAAUUAAACGGCUGGGCCUCGCCAAAGGAUGUUAUUCUAGCUCUUGCUGGAAAAUUGACUGUCCGAGGUGGGACGGGGUAUAUUAUUGAGUAUCAUGGCCCAGGUGUUGACUCGCUGAGCUGCACGGGGAUGGCAACAAUAUGUAAUAUGGGCGCCGAGGUGGGGGCCACAACAUCACUUUACCCGUUCUCUACACGGCAUGUCCCAUACCUCGAGUCAACUCAUAGAUCAUCGAUUGCUCUACAAGCUCAAACAAUUGCUUCUUCACCUUCUUUGGUCAACAUGCUGCGAGCCGAUGAAGGUGCUCAAUAUGACGAACUGAUUACAAUUGAUCUCUCUACUCUUGAGCCCCACGUCAAUGGACCAUUCACCCCUGAUUUGUCGACACCGUUGUCCGUCUUUGCCAAAGCAGUUAAGACCAACAAUUGGCCAGAGACAGUAUCUGCUGGUCUCAUUGGUAGUUGCACAAAUAGCUCUUACCAGGAUAUGGCUAGAGCCGAGGAUCUUGUUAAACAGGCUUCUGCUGCAGGCCUGAAGCCAGCAACCGACUUCUUCAUUACACCUGGCAGUGAGCAAAUUCGAGCAACUCUUGAGCGAGAUUCUACUCUGGAGACUUUCGAGGACGCUGGCGGUAUCGUCUUGGCCAAUGCUUGUGGUCCGUGUAUAGGGCAAUGGAAGAGGACUGAUGAUGUCAAUAAAGGAGACCACAACGCCAUCUUCACAUCAUACAACCGAAACUUCCGCGGCCGAAAUGAUGGUAACCCAGAGACCAUGAACUUCUUAGCAUCACCAGAAAUCGUGACUGCCAUGUCUUACGCCGGUAGCACAACCUUCAACCCUCUGACAGACACUCUCACUACUCCUUCAGGGGCAGCCUUUCGCUUCUCACCACCAACUGGCGCCGAACUUCCAGCUUCAGGCUUCGAAAUUGGAAACCCAGAUUUCCUACCAACAUCAGGCGCUCCUUCACCUCAAACCGAAGUUGUCGUCUCCCCUACAUCUGACCGACUCGCGCUCCUUGAGCCAUUUGCCCCAUUUCCAGAAAGUGACCUCCAAGGUCUCAAAGUCCUGUACAAAGUCACUGGGAAGUGCACAACCGAUACUAUUUCCGCCGCUGGUCCUUGGCUCAAAUACAAAGGCCAUCUCCCCAACAUCAGUGCCAACACCUUAAUCGGAGCAGUCAAUGCUGCUACAGGCGAAGUAAACGUAGCGUAUGACUUCGAUGGCACCACAUUCGGUAUCCCUGAACUUGCGCAGAAAUGGAAAGACCAAGGUCUGGAAUGGCUUGUUGUAGCAGAAGAUAAUUACGGCGAAGGAUCAGCACGUGAACAUGCUGCUCUCCAACCACGAUACCUUGGCGGCAGAGUCAUUCUCGCAAAGAGCUUUGCUCGCAUUCAUGAGACAAAUUUGAAGAAACAGGGUGUGGUCCCUCUCACGUUUGCGAAUGGUGAGGAUUACGGCAAAAUCGAUGCCUGCGAUGAGGUUGAGACAGUGGGGUUGUAUGAUACGUUGAAGAAUGGUGGAAAGGGUGAAAUAAGUCUGCAGGUCAAGAAAGCGAAGUCAAAGAAGACGAUUACGAUCAAGACGAAGCAUACGUUGAGUGAGGAUCAGUGCGGUUUCAUCCUCGCGGGCAGCGCAUUGAAUUUGCUUGCUAAGAUGAAGCGGUCGUAGGUUGGAUUGAUCUGGUUGUAGAGUAUACGGAGUUUUCGGGACUGAGAAAAGUUCAAUGAUAUCCUUGUUUAUAUGCAUCUGAGGUUUCUCUCCGUGCGUUUCUUACUGCUUUAAAUGUGAGAUACGAAUUGAG